UUUAAGCGACUUCUCGUGCUCUGUUUGACAGUACGAAUGUAAUGUGUACAGUUGCAUACAGCGAAGAAUAAUUUUUUUUUUCUGACCAUACAUCCCAUAAAAGAUAUGAUAAUUGAAAAGUUGAAAGUGCUGAAAAGACAUUAACACAGCAUGAUGUGGCUGAAGCUGGCCAGGUCAUCCUGGCAGAUAUGUCGCCAUGACAACCUAGUGAUGCUUAGGCCCCACAUCAGAAAUUUAUCUCAGGGCUCCCUCAACCUAAACCUCAAAAUUCAAAGCAACCAGCCUUUCUGCUCCAGGUCACCACCGUUAGGUGACCGUCGCUCCUGCACGCUUUCUCUGGGUCUUCAGCACAGAAGAACUGUGACCACAGCUCGACCAGGCUGGUAUGAAAGCAUUGCUGAAUCCACUCCCGUGUGCCUCACAGAGCAACUCCUGGUGUCCACACAGGAGAUUACUGGACUGCCGUGGUGGGCCAGCAUCAUUUGCACUACGCUGGCUCUGCGCACUGCCAUCACGCUCCCCCUGGGCAUCUACCAGAUGAUCAUCAUCGCAAAGAUUGAAGCUCUGCAGAAAGAGAUUGCAGAGUUCGCCCGCCAGUUACGCUUUGAGAUCUCUGUGAAAGCAAAAGAGAAGGGCUGGUCAGAGAAAACAUGCAGGUUUCAAUUUAAGAAGAAUCUGAAGCGAAUUGUAUCUGAGCUGUACAUCCGUGAUAAUUGCCACCCAUUCAAGGCCAGUUUGCUGGUCUGGGUACAGCUGCCAAUGUGGGUGUGUUUGUCUUUGGCCCUGCGUAAUCUCAGUCUGGGAAUGGGACAUGUUCCUUUUGCUUCUGAUGCCUUGCUGGCGACAGGAGGAACUCUGUGGUUCCCGGACCUCACGCUUCCCGACUCUACCUGGAUCAUGCCUGUUUCUCUCGGCCUCAUUAACCUGUUAAUCACAGAGAUCUUCGCCCUAAGACAACUAGAGCCUUCAAAGUUCCAGAAGUAUGUGACAAACUUCAUAAGAGGAAUAUCUCUGGUGAUGAUUCCUAUAGCCGCCACAGUCCCGUCAUCUAUGUCUCUGUACUGGCUCAGCUCAAGUUGUGUUGGGUUGGCACAUAACUUGCUCAUGAAGUCCCCUCGCUUCCGGAGUAUCUGCCGGAUCCCUCCGACACGCUCCGACUCUGAAUCUCCAUACAAGGACAUUGCAGCUGCCUUUGUGGCCAAAUACAUCAGAUAGAUGAAUGCGGAAAAAGUCGUCUCACGUUCAUCAUGUGGACAUCUGUAUAUGUAUCAUUACUUAUGGACUCUUCCAGUGUAUAGUAGGAUUUUAAGAUGACAUAAACAAGUUUUUUUUUUUGCUGUUUGAUGUUGUCAUUGUGCUGUUGUCUUCCUGUGAUGCUUUGUAAGUCAUCAUUGCUGUUUGAGGUUGCAUGUUGUUUUUUGAAACUUCUCAUCAGUGGCAAGGGCAGACAUUUUGAAGUGAGUGGACCAUAUCAUUUUACAAAAUAGUAGUGGUUAAAUAGAUUAAAUUAUGUUUUUUGGACAACAGAGUACCAAGAUUAAUAGUGAGGGUAGUAAUAAUGUAGCGUAUAGAAGAGGGUGACAAGUUAAGCCAAUGUCAGCUGACUCUCUAGGGGUUGAAAAAACCCUUGAGAGAGAGCCAGACAUAGUUGAUUCAAACAUUCAUAACAUUUGCAAGGUUUAAACGCAUGCAAAUGAUUAAAUUUCUGAAUGAUGCAAUUAUUAUUAAAGAAAUUAUUAUCAUUUAUGCAUGCUUUUUCUGCUUUCCCACAAAAAUGUCUCAUCUGACUGGGUGGACCAGCUGUCAAUCUGAGUGGACCACCGUGGCCCAUGUAGCCUCGACACUGCUCCUCACCUUCAGUAUUAAUGUUACAGACACUGCGGGUGGGAUAUCUUGAGAUUACAUGUAUGCAUUUGGCAGAUGCAUUUAUCCAAAGUGAUUUACAGUGCAUUCAGUCUAUAGAUUUCUUUAAUUUGUAUGUGGGGUUCAAAUACAUUACUUUUUAAAUGCUCAACCACAGAGGUCUUUUAUCAGGCCAGGAACCCUUGAUGAUGGAUGGAAAUAA